CUAUAAUACAUCGCGAAUUCAUUUCGCAAAACCCGUACUUAUCUGUCGAUUGGUAGAAAUGCUAUCAUCCUUACAAUUCGCUACAGCUGUUUUUAUCACGUUUACAUUUGAAAUAAUGGAUUCAGAUGCAUUUCUCAACAAAAACGAAACGAUAACAGAGUAUAAAGAUGUUUUCAUUGGGAGUCUUGGAAGAAAACCUCAACUUAGUACAACAUCAGCAAGUUGCUGGGCUCGAGGGGGUAUUUGUAUGCACAUUCGGUUCUGCGUGAACCACGAGAUGGUCUUCGGUGUACCAGGAUGUUCUACUCGUUUCAAAGUGUGCUGUAAAAACUUUAAGCGACUGCCACCCACUGUCGGCAUUCAAAGAUCUCGGGACGAGUAUGCAGAGAUUGAAAAUGAAGAUGGUGAAGAUAUUAACUAUGUGCCCAGAGCAAUAGUGGCAUUUAAAAUUUAACACUAUACCUACCCCUUACUUUUUAUUUAUUUACAGCAACAACCUCCACACACAAUGUAUGACCAUAAAAUAUUCAAAUUAAUUGCAGUAAGGUUGUCAAUUACAGGCGCACUUAUUAAGAAAAGUCCA